GUUAUGAUCAAUUCCACAGAACCGGCCAAACCGACGUCAUCUAUGGAAAGUCUUCAACCAAUUCAACUUGGUUCGACCCAGAGCUAUUUAUGGGAACCAAGAGAUCAUCUUAACCAAUCAGGAGGUAUUCCAGAAGUCCUUAGCUGCACCAGAACCCAGGAGAUCAGUUGGUUCAAUGGAGAAUCACUUAAACCCAACCGGAGCUAUUUAUGGAAAGAUUGGACAAUCUUUCGGUUUGAUCCAUUCCAAGCAAUUCCAAUCCAACCAGGAGAACCAGACGACGUCCAGACAGAACCAAGACAUCCAGGAUACAUUAUACACGAGCCAGAAGAGUUCUACAACUUCAUCCCAUGCACCAGCCCACAUAGGAAUAAGAAGAUCCCCAUUAUCACCAAACUGCCUUAUUUGGAGUCUCUUGCAUUCAAACUCCAACAGCUCUUUUUCUACCAAGGCAAGGACGAGAUCAGCUUCUACCAAGCAUUCAAGAAGGUCCCAAGAAAUCUCUCUUAUCCCCUUAAACCGUCCCGAUUCAAGCAAAUCAAGUUUCUUCACUUGGAGCCAAAAUCCCACAAAAGGCUCCAACGGCUAGUUUCCGAUUUCUUGCUUAGUUUAGAUUUGUUUCCUUUCUUUUCUUUUGUGAAAGUUUAGAGUCUUGUAUCUGAGCAUUAUAUAAGCUCAUUUUCGUCCAUUGUAGAGAGGACCCUCAAUCACCAAGUUAAUAAAAAGUUUAUUCAGUUUUUAUCAAAGAUUGUUCUUUGUAUAAAAUAUCGGUCUUUAGGAUUCAAAGAGAGAUUCUUUGUUGUUCUAUUGAUUUCGUGAGUCUAGUUUGUUUGUGCAAAUCAAACAAGCUCAGUACACAGAUUGAGAGAGUCAAUCAAUUCGUUCCAUCCUUCAUCAGAUUGAGAGAUUCAAUCAAAACCUCAUCCGCAAAUCCACUCCAAUCCAUCAUCUGAUCCAGCUUGAGAGAGACAUCAGUCCAGCAAGCAAGAUCCCACCUUCACGCCAUCUCCAUCCCCUGUUCUUGUUGAGAGAGACAUCAGUCCAGCAACUUGAAUCCAUCAGCCAUCUCUAUCCUUCUCUUAUUUUGUUUCAUUUUGCAUCAUAUAGUUCUAGAUUUUCCAUUCAAUAUAAAAACCCAUAAAAAGUCAUAUUUGCUUCUGUUCUUCAUUUAUCAUUUAGUUUUCUUUCUGUUCAUCAUUUUGAUUCAUAAAAACUCAUAAAAAUAACUCUCUUUCUGUUUCAGGAACCAGAUCGGCCAUCUCCCUCUCCUUCGCGUCCGUCUAACCGCUCCAUAGCCGUCCGUCCGUCCUGUCCAGUCCGAGUUCUUGAACCUCAGUCCGUCCAAUUGAGUAGCCUGAAUCCCAGCCUGCAACAUUUGGUAUCAGAGCUUAAGCUCCUGACUCAGGUGAUAUCUAUCCUUGCAUCUCAUAUUUGCUUGCAUUUAUUUUUCCAUUCAUAAACCGAAAAUCCAUAAAAACUGUUUCUUUUUGUUUCAAGUUUUUUUCUGCAUAUUUUUGUUCUUGCUGUUCAUCAUACUUUAAAGCCACGAAAAAGAAAAGAAAAAGUUUUGUUUGAUUCAUUUAAAAAUCGAAAAUCCCAAAAGAAAGUGUUUGCAUUCAUUAGUUUCCAUAAAAGAAAAUUCCAUAAAAAUUUCUGUUUUGAAUUUGAUUCCUUUUCAUUUGCAUUCAUAAAUUCAAAAGCCAAAAGAAAUCAUCCUAGUUAUUGUUUCAUACCAUUUCUACUUGUCCAUUUCGUGAUUUCAUCAGAAAAGAAAAAGAAAAUAUUUUUAAGCUUUAGUUUAUAUCAUUUACAUAUUUAAUUGUUGCAUUUCAUCCAAAGAAAAUUCAAAAAAAAAUUCAGCAUUAGUUUGCUUUCCAUAUUUUCUUUUCAUUUGUGUUAAUUGUCAUUUAUUACUGUUUCAUUUCGAGAUUUGCAUUAAGAAAACCAAAAGAAAAAUCAUUUUUCAUAAUUUAUUUCAUUUCGGUUCAACAUUGCAUAUUUUCUUGGUUUAGUUUUAAUUAGCUUGCAUUUUGGUUCUUAUUCUGAUCCGACCAUAAAUUCUCUAUUCUUCACUUGAUCUUUGUGAUUGCUUGCAGGAAGAAAUGGAAGAAUUAGCACAAAGCCAAGCCUUAUUGGCCUCUCAAAAACAGCUAUUGGCUGCUAUGAAGGGUGUACAAGAUCAGAUUUCUCAGCUGGAGAAAAGAAACAAGGCACAAGGCCAACGAACACAGCAAGGAAAAGAAGAUUUGGAGAUGCACCAGAGGAUGGCUAUGUUGAGCCUAAGCCACCAGAUCCUUCAUGGAUCACCCCACACCAUACUUCUUCAACUCAUAAACACUUAACUCAUUCUUAUCUUUAUUUUAAACCUGUUAAUGAAGUUAAGAUUUAUUCUUUUUCAGGAAGCAGCUGGCCAGGUGACUAUCUCUCAUGGGAAAGAACCAUGGAUGAUUGGUUUUCAUACCAUGGCGUGCCAAAGAAAGAAAAGCUGAGCCAUGCCAUCAAACAACUCACCAGAAGUGCAUACAAAUGGUGGAAAGGUGUAGAUGGUGCAAGAUGGAAGAGUCAAAGAGAGGCUAUCAAAACGUGGGAAGAUCUUAAAGAGGCCAUGAUCAGGAAGUAUGUAUCCUCACUUCCAACACCAGAGAUUAGAGAAAGGUACCCAAGGAGGUUUUCAAGCCAUGGGUCCAAAGAGGCAAAGAGAGUGGUGCCACAACAAGGCCAUAGAAGCUUGAUCCAUCAAGAUCAGAUUGGGCCAAACCAGGGGCACACAGUUCUCUAUGAUCAGUCCCAACCUUAUGAGGUCCCAAAGACCAUGGAGAGAAAGAACUUUGUCAGCCAAGACACGUUGGCCAGACACAAAGAAAAAUCAGACAAACCUAUUUUUCAAGAAAAGGCCAAGGUAAGUCCUAUACUUGAUAAAUUUGUUUAUAAAUCAUCUCCAACUGGUAUGAGUCACUUGUCUUUGUCCAAGGAUGUUAAGACAGGUCCUGAGGUCCAGAAAGACACGAACUCCACAUCCUUGUUGAGAUCCAAAGUUGUCCAUGAUUUAAGUCCAAGAGACAAGGAGAUUUUAAACCCAAAGGAAGAAGAGCCAUCAAGCCAAGGUAAGUCUUCUAAAUCUGAGGAUUUAAAAUAUCAGACAUGUUAUAGAUGUCAUAAGAAAGGACACUAUGCUGUAGUUUGUCCUACUAAGCAAGUAUUGAUAGAAGCAUCACUAGAAAAGAAAACAGAUUUAUCUAUGAAGAGUGAUAGUUUUAUUCAAUCUGAUUUGUUGGUUCCAAAUUCUUGUGUAAUGCACUUGUCUUUGUCAAAAGGUGUUUUAACAGGAAUUAAAGAGCAUGAAUUCAAAGUAGAGGAGCCACCAGGCGCCACACCAGUGAUGAACCAGGAGAAGGUUCAAGACACAAUGCAGUCCAUGUUGCUUAAAGAAGCAAAACCAGUAAAUAAAGUAUCAAACCAAGGUAAGUGUCAAACACCACCUAGAGAAACUGGUAUUGACGUGUGUGUUCUUGAUGUAGAGAGUAAAAAUGAAAGCUAUUUGCUUACUGAAGUUCCAAGGAGAGAACCAGACCAUAAGCCCAGCCAUGAACCACCUCACAAGUGGAAGUCUAGUGUUGAACAAUGUGUUCAAAUGCCAAGGCUUAAGGUAAUCUUCUCUGAUCUUAAAACGUCCAAGACACUUGAUUAUCCAGAUAUAAUGCACUUGUCUUUGCCAAAAAGUUUUGAUCCAGGAAUAAAAGAAGUUGAAGUUCAUAACCACCAAGGUCAAAAGAUGCAAAGAAGGCAGCAAACAAGAACAAGUUGUCCAAAGAAGAAAAUCAUUCUUCAACUUGUGGAAGCUAUCAAAAAUGUUGAGAAAUUUUCAGGUUGCAAAGGAGAGAGCUUCAAAGAAAUCCCACCGGAUAAUCUCUUGUUGCUAGAAGUUAUACAGUUUCGAGGUCGAAACCUUUUCAAGGGGGAGGGAAUGUUGCGGCCAGAAAUUCAGCAGCUGAACCAGAGGUCGACCCAACACCCUACUCAACCAGCCAAGGCGCCAACCAGGACAUACGUGCACUAAAAAUGCCAUAUCUUACAAACCAGGAGGUUUUAAAUCACGAGGCUAAUUUUUAUGCAUUCUAUACUCAAGAAGGAGUCCAGGCCAAUUGGAAUUGGGCCAAAAUAAUCACGGAGAAAGAAGUUAUGAAUUUUACAAUUCAGAGGUUUCUCAACCCGUCCAUCUGCGAGUACCCGACUUUAGAAGAAGGUUCAAGCUCAAUGAAGAAGCGGCCUGAAGCAAAACCCAUCACAGAAGUCAAGAGGAGUUUAUCAUCUUUUCAUAAAGCCCAAGAUCAGGAGAAAUGGCCACGGAAAUUAGGAGUUAUGAUCAAUUCCACAGAACCGGCCAAACCGACGUCAUCUAUGGAAAGUCUUCAACCAAUUCAACUUGGUUCGACCCAGAGCUAUUUAUGGGAACCAGGAGAUCAUCUUAACCAAUCAGGAGGUAUUCCAGAAGUCCUUAGCUGCACCAGAACCCAGGAGAUCAGUUGGUUCAAUGGAGAAUCACUUAAACCCAACCGGAGCUAUUUAUGGAAAGAUUGGACAAUCUUUCGGUUUGAUCCAUUCCAAGCAAUUCCAAUCCAACCAGGAGAACCAGACGACGUCCAGACAGAACCAAGACAUCCAGGAUACA